AUGGUGCUGCGGAUCCCGGCGCACAUCUACGAGAGCCCAGGCCUGCAGAUCGAAGGUGCUGGUCCCAGUGCCAGACGCUUGAGCUCGCCCACUGGGCUUGGCGGUGGCUGCAGGGGUGACCCACACAGCACCAGGCGGCGACCACCUGAGCGGAAUUUCCAGAGCACCAGGCUGCCGCCCAUCUGGGCCACGAGCAGCAGCCCUUGGUCAGGCACUGGCAGGCAGCAGGUGGGUUCGCAUCCUGGCACCCAGCCCACCCCCGGCUCGCUUAGCCACAGCAAGUUGAAGUUGGGCCCUAGGAUGGCUAGCCCUGCGGGGCCCCAGCCUACAAAGCGGCCCACAGUGCCCAGCGGGCCCAGCACGGCCACCACCCCAGUAAGUGCCACAGGUGCUGGCAGCUUCUUUUGUGCCCAACCGUCUUCUCUGUGCAGGUGCAGGAGGCCAGCGCCGUCCAGCACCACGAAGCGUCCGCCGACUGGGUCCUGAGCCACGGAGCACAGCCCAGCUGCCACCUCCAGGCGGCGCAGCGGCUCCAGCCCGUGCGUCAAGCGCGCGACACGCAGCUCUGCUCUCUUCUCCUGCGUCGGGAUGGGCACAUCCGCAGGUAAGGGUUGGGACAAGGGUUAUCAGGGUGGAGUCGGUGCUGGGAACCCCUUGGGGAAGGGCUAG